GUGUAUGGCGGGCAGGGGCCGGUCAUCGACCCUGCUGCACACGAAGGGGUGGGAACAGGGUGUGGCUGCACCAACGUUUUGGGUAGAAACGUAUCGGGACCAGUGAACGCAAAAGCCAACGACCGGGUGCCGUCAAUGUGCGUACAUACAUAGUAGUUACUUCGCGAGGAAGACAACCAACCCUCUUCUCCUACCACCUCACCAACCCACAACACAAUGUCCUGGCGCCAACUAGUCCACAAUCAACUCGUCGACGCACUCGCAAACAACAAGGCGUUUCAGAAAAUAGCGGUGACUACUACGCAUAGGUUUAAUGAGCUUAGCGGGAAAGGCGCCCAAAAAGCAACCCAAAUCCAACAAGAGGUCGCCAACCCGGAACAGCUGGAACAGGCCAAGGAGAAAAUGAUCAUUUUCAUGGAAGAGUUCCGAAAGGAAAUUGGGGAAGGCAUCGAUAGGAGUUUUGGGCGGAAGAACUGAGAUAUCUCCACAUUCACACACCCACACACACACACACACACACACCGGGGAAUCCAGUUCCCCCAUUACCUCAUACCGCCAUCCAAACCUCAAAUACGGUUCCGUCCUCUACCGGCGACAGUCUGGU